AUGUAUGUGAAUGGUUUGAUACAGGAAUGUUUAUACGAUGUGAUUUUUAGUGUAUUUAGUGAAUGUCACUUUUUGACAUUUUUAAAUUUCCGGCCGGUUCCGUCCCCCAUACAUCCCGACGUCGCAGGGAACGGAACCUGGAAGACGGAUGCCGGCAUCGGCUGGAGGACAUUACAGGGGACACUGCAGGGGGGACAUCGCGGGACAAGGUAAGUAAAGAAGAGAUCCCGGAGCAACGCUGCAGUGUAUUCCCAACUGUAGCUCGGGGGGGUUAUCGCUUGUGGUGCUGAAACUUUACCCCGAGCUACACUCAGGAAUACCUCCAGGGGGGGUUGAUUAGGGUAAGGUUAUGUUAUUCAGCCACUUUG